AUGCGCUUCUCUGCUGCUGCUCUCGUCUCUGCCUUCGCGGCCCUCGCUGCUGCCUACACCACCCCCGACUACACCAAGUCUCCCGAGGGUAACGCCAUCCGCUCCCCCAGCCUGGACGAGCAGGUCCCCGAGGGCAAGCCCUACACCAUCAAGUGGGAUCACGACCUCGGCAACACCGUCUCCAUCGUCCUCCUCCGCGGUCCUUCCACCAACGUUGUCCCCAUCGAGACCCUCGCUGAGAGCAUCCCCAACUCUGGCGAGUUCGUCUGGACCCCCAGCACCGACCUGACCCCCGAUGUCACCCACUAUGGUCUCCUGAUCGUCGUCGAGGACUCCGGUGCCAACCACGGUGCCUACCAGUGGUCUACCCAGUUCGGUCUCUCCAAGGCCGAGGGCUCCACCACCUCCUCCUCCGCCGUCAUCACCUCCCAGACUUCCCAGACUUCCCAGACUACCGCUGCUGCUUCCUCUUCCUCCAAGCUGACCAUCGUUACCGUCAUUGACGAUGUCACCACCACCUACUGCCCCGAGGAUGAGGCCAGCUCCACCGCCGCUGCUGCUUCCUCCACCGUCAUCAGCUCCUGGGAGGUUACCACCACCAUCUGCCCCGAGACCACUGCCGCCCCUACUGCUUCUUCCUCCCGUGUUGGCGUUGCCCCCGUCAGCUCCAGCACCCUGAAGAGCACCCCCUACGUCGCUCCCACCAGCACUGCCACUGCCACCGCUUCGCCUACCUCCACCCCCGCUUUCAACGCCGCUGGCCGCAACGUCAUCUCCUUCGGUGCCGUUGUCGCCGGUGUCGCUGCCUUCAUGGCCCUGUAA